CUUUUUCGCUCCUCUUGUUUUUUCUUCUUAUAUAUACAUACAUAUAUAUAUUCUCGCACUGAAAGUGAAAAGUCUCACUUUUUUGUUUGUCUUUGCUGAUCUCACACUUCUUAGCAAAACAAAAUACUCAAAAGCCAAACACUUCAAAACUGAAACCAAGACGAAUUGAAGCUUUUUGGCUAGCUCCUCUUUCUUACUUGCUCCUUGUUUCAUUUUAUUUAAUCUUACAAAAAAAUGUCUGAUCCUUUGCUUCAACCAAUUGACGAUGAUGAGGAGGUUCGUGGUGUUGAUGCCACGAUCGAGGAUGAGAUCCUUGAUUUUCAAGAACGUUUAACUCUCGAGGAAGACGAGGAAGAAGAACUUCCUGAUGCACCAAAUGUUGACGCGGAUGAUACUGAACACUAUACGCUCUCUGGGACAAAGCCCUAUUUUGACUUAGUUCUCAAAAACACUAACGUUGGCCAGUAUAGUAAAGUGUACAUUCCGACCAAAAUUACAUCGGAACUGCCAUCUUCAAAGGCCCCAGUUGUCCUCACCUCUCAUGGCAAGCGCUGGCGCACCACUACUCCGAAACUUUUUCAAGGCAAAAAAAAUUUUGGAUGGAGGAAGUUUGUGGUGGAUAAUGGGCUGAAAGUCGGAGAUUGUUGUUUUUUCGAGCUCAUCGAAGCUAACAACACGAGGGUUGUGUUCAAAGUUAUUAUUCUCAGAGGAUUUCCUGCUUCUCAAUCAGGCGAAACUAGUGAAGGAGCCGAUGGCGAUGGCGACACCGAGGAGAAGCCAAUUAUCAUCAAGUAGUAGUAACAUGCAUUUUGGUUACUUCACGGUUGUUUCUCCUUAAUUUUUAAAUUUAUUUAGCUAGCAAUCUUUUUAUGUCAUGCAAGAUCUGGAUUUUCAAUCCUUAUUCUGAUGCGUGAGUUAUUUUAUCUAAGUAGAUUAUAUUUUGACCCGAACAAAUAAAAGUACCAUUUCUUUUUUUGAAUUAUGUAAGUUUCUCAACGUUGAAAUUAAAAUAUUUACUCUCGAUAAACUUGUAAUUCUAAGGGCAGAGUGC